GAGGUCAAGGAGCUUCUCCUCAAGUCCAUCUCUUUGAACUCGACCGCAUUUGAGGGCGAGGUGGAGGGUGUCAUGACAUUCAUCGGCUCGAAGACUGAGACUGCCAUGCUUAUUUUUGCCAAGGACCAUUUGGGUAUGGGCCCCGUCAGCGAAGAACGAUCCAACGCUACGAUUCUACAACUUGUUCCCUUCGACUCUGGCAGGAAGUGUAUGGGUAUCUUCGUUCAGUUGCCCGAUGGCAGAGCUAGACUGUACGUCAAGGGAGCUUCGGAGAUUCUUCUCGGUCAAUGCACGGAAAUCCUGCGUGACCCUUCCCGCGACCUGACCACCACGUCUCUGACCCCCGAGAACGACGAAACAAUCAAGAGUUUGAUCAACAACUACGCUUCACGGUCUCUCCGAACCAUCGGCAUUGUCUAUCGCGAUUUCGAGCAGUGGCCACCAAAGAACCUCCGUUGUGCCGAAGGCAACCGCAACGAAAUUGUCUUCGAGGACGCUUUCAAGCAGAUGACCUUCAUUGGCAUGGUGGGAAUUCAAGACCCUCUGCGUGAAGGUGUGCCGAAAGCUGUGAGGGACUGCCAGAGAGCUGGUGUUGUGGUUCGCAUGGUUACUGGUGACAACAAGCUUACAGCACAGGCUAUCGCAAAGGAGUGCGGCAUCUUGAAGCCUGACGGCCUCGUGAUGGAGGGGCCCGAGUUCCGUAAUCUGUUAAGGCUACAGCAGGAAGACAUCAUUCCCAACCUCCAGGUGCUCGCCCGUUCCAGCCCCGAGGACAAGCGAAUCUUGGUACGCCGCUUGAAAGAUAUGGGUCAGACCGUUGCAGUUACGGGUGAUGGCACCAACGAUGCGCCUGCGCUGAAGCUAGCCGAUGUCGGAUUUUCCAUGGGAAUUGCUGGUACAGAAGUCGCCAAGGAAGCUUCAGCUAUCAUUCUCAUGGACGAUAACUUUAACAGUAUCGUGAAGGCCUUGAAAUGGGGCCGCGCUGUCAAUGACGCCGUUAAGCGUUUCCUUCAGUUCCAGCUUACCGUCAACGUUACCGCAGUUGUCCUCACUUUCGUUACCGCUGUUUCCAACCCCAACUCAGAAGAGUCUUCCGUCUUGACAGCAGUUCAACUGCUUUGGGUAAACUUGAUCAUGGACACAUUGGCAGCACUCGCUCUUGCUACGGACCCUCCCCAAGACAGCGUUCUGGACCGCAAACCCGAGCCCCGCGGUUCUGGCAUCAUCUCUAUCACCAUGUGGAAGAUGAUCAUGGGACAAGCCAUUUACCAGUUGCUCAUCACCUUCCUGCUCUACUAUGGUGCACAGACCGUUCUCGGUUACGACGACGAGCUUAUCAACGGCCAACGUAAUACUCUGGUGUUCAAUACCUUCGUCUGGAUGCAGAUCUUCAACCAGUGGAAGUAA